AUGGGACGGACGUGGACACUGGCAGUUAAGGCUGCAGCUGUCGAUGUAAAAGGACGCAGAGUUGUGCUGCGACGAAGUGAAUCCGCCUACCUUUUUCAGCGGGCUCUGGAAUGUGGUUCAUGGCCCUUGGAGCGGAAAGUGAUGGGCCUUGCUGAGGAGGGAAGAAGCGGAGUGUGUUUAGUGAAGAAGGUGGUGGUCACGUGA